UUUCACCACUACCUGUUAAUCUGUGUAAGUCAUUUGGGGUCUCGUUCCCAUUCCGAUCAGUUUUGGGUGAGACCCCGCCAACCCCCGGGUUAGGAGAGGUGGUGAAGUUGUUUGUCAAAUACUUGAAUGUGGGUUUGGUCGUGCAUAGAGAUGGUAAUGAGAGUGUGGAUCAUUGUGGCAGUCCGAGGCAGAGGGGUUCAUUUGAUGCCUUGAAGUUGAGGGAUGUGAUGUCGGUUUCGCCAUGUACAGGAUCUUGGAACUUGCUGAUACAGAGGCCGCUGUACCGGUUUUUAUUGAGGACAUUCUUAUUUUGUCCAGGGGGGGUUUUGAUUAAAAAUAUAUCAGAUGUGUUUUCGGUUUGGAUUACCUAUAUUGAACCUUGGGAUAUCAUUUUGGACUUUUCAGAGCUUGAUGCUGUUGUUGACGGUUCAACUAAGAAUGGGAGAAAUGAUAACCUGCAGCCUCAAAACCAUGGUUAUACACCUUCUUGGCAGGGUUAUGUGCUGGCCAGCUACUUGUACUACAGUUCCUUGGUUAUGCAUUUCAUUGGGUUUGCGCACAAGUUUCUUCAUACUGAUCCCGAAAUAAUUGUCCAGAUGGUAUUGAAGAUCCUAACUAUAUUGACAUCAUCCAAAGAGCUGAUGGACCUACUAAAGAUGGUGGAUACUGCUUUUCAUUCCAAACAAGCAGGAUCAGGAAAAUCGAUGCUUAAUAGCUUAUAUAGAUUUGUUACUCCAAUUCGCGAACAGCUGCAGGACUGGGAGGAUGGCUUAUCUGAGAGUGAUGCAGAUGGGUCUUUCUUGCAUGAGAAUUGGAACAAAGAUUUACGAUUGUUCAGUGAUGGAGAAGAUGGCGGGCAACAGUUGCUUCAGUUGUUCAUAUUACGUGCAGAAGCUGAGUUGCUAGCUGUUUCCGGUGAUAAUGGUGCGCACAACCUUCAGUGCAUAGACUCUUUGAAAGCUCAGGUGAGCUGUCUAUUUGGUGGGCAUACUGUAAAGGUACUGUCAUUUUCUCCUGAACCAAAACAGCCUCCGCAACCCCGUGAUGAAAUAUUCAAGCCGAGGAGAGUGAGCAACCGCACUUUGGAUGGUGUCAAAUACAGGGGUGACUGGAUGAAGCGCCCCAUCUCCGACAAUGAGGUUGCUUGGCUCGCAAGAUUGCUUGUUGAGUUUUCCAGUUGGAUAAAUGAGCGUCUUGGACUAAACCAGUCAGAGAGCAGCCAAGCAGACCCUAUAUAUGUGGAAGUGUCGAGCGAUGUUUUGGGCAAUGUCUUUGGACCGAUGGAUACGAUGAAGGCAGUGUUGGGGGCAGUAGGUUCUUGGCUUGUGAUGUUGGGAGUGGCAAUGGUGAAGCUAAUGAGGAAACAUGGAUUGAGGGUGAAUCUGAGGAUGUUGGCGUCAAAGAAGGUUGUAAUGGUUUUGUUAUUGUCUGCUGUAUAUAGUAUAUUGAAAAAAGCUUUCGGAAUGUACCUUUGGGGAUAGAACAAAGGAUGGUGUAUAAGAGCUUUACUUAUCCGCACAUUUUUUUUCACGUGUGAAUGGUUGAGAUUUAACUAAAUCUCAAUUAGUUAAAUUUCGCUCUUCACUCGGGUGAAGAAAAAACUGCGGGGGAGAAUUCUUGUUGAAAACGAGAAAAAGGCAUAUAGAAAAGGGAAAAAAGAAUCGAGGAUUUUUGCUA